AUGGCAAAACCUGAUAGUGGCAAAGAAGAGAAGGAACGAAGAAGGGGUAAGAUCUCAUUGCUCUAUGCGAACUGUGCUUAUAUUCUUGCUAAAAUGGCCGGAGUAUGGGGCCUGAAGAACACGACCAGCUCGAUGAUUAGUGGACAGUUUUUGGCUCACAUCAAAUUCGCUGCAAUGGCAGAUGGCUUACAGAUAGCAGGAAAGAUGUUCGUACAUGUUGUAAUCGGCGAAGAAAGCUACGAUCAGAAGCGACAUCCUGUAAUGGAGAAUGGAAAAAAAACCAUCAAGCUCGUGCACAAAAAAGGACAUCGAAAUGUGAAAAUAGCGGAUUUCGUUGCUGUAUCAGAACUUAUCAAGCAGCACCAAAUCACUGGACGUGUCCCUCGCUCAGUUGAUCUCACGGACUAUUUUGACGUGACGAUUAUGGUAUUUGCCGACUACAUAGAAAAAGGUGAAGUCAAGGCUCAAAUAUCAUUUUAUGCAUUGGCAGAACUUCUUAAGCUCACGAAGACGUUCAUCAUGGAGGAUUUACAAAAACGUCUUGAAGAGACAGAAGAUGCGCUACACUAUCUGGCCUCAUGGAGUUUUGUCGAAAUGGCCAGGCUACCGGAUUUUCAAUGUAUUCCUUACCAUCAGUUCGUCAUGUUACUCGCCAGCUGUGAACUUCAAGUUUCACAUGAGCUGGUCGUUGCUGAUGCAGCACUGUUGUGGCUGGUUGGACAACCGCAUCCAGCAGUUUAUGCACCAGGAGUGUUCGCCGUCAUUCGAUCCGCCUUUCUCAGCAAAGCUGAUCGUCAGCUAAUCAUCGAACGUAUUGCUACACUUCAGAUGCCUGAAUCGCGUGUUGCUUCUAGCUGGAGACGAGUUACCUCGCUACAGGUUGGUCGUUUCGCUCGUGUUUCAAUGGACUCACGUCACAAUGCUCGAGUCUGUCUCGAAGGAACACAUAUUAGUCGCCAUCUCUGCCGAUGCGGAACCCCUGACCCUGAGAAGCGUCCGAAAGAGACGACGUUGCCGCUGAGCCGGCCGCGCGAAGGGAUUAAAUGGAGCGAAAAGACACGCAAUCAGACGAUGAGAUCGCGUCCGGAAAAAGUCAAAGACGCAGAAAAGCGGAUGGAAGGACUAGUCGAACAAGCGAGAGUACCAGGAGCAGAAGCAAGAAAGGAUACGAAGGCGAUUUUGACUCAUCUCGGCGAAAGAAGCGCAAUCAAGUCACCACGUCGGAUGACAAGAGCAGACGACGCAGGAAGAUCGAUGCUGGAGGCAAAAUCCCAAGGUGGGCAGUCGCACUAUUUGGGAUAUUAA